AUGGAUCCAGACCAGCAAGAGGCUCUGAGUGACAUCCAGAAUUCUGUUUAUAGAACAGCCCUGAAACUACAGUCAGUACAAACUCUCUGCCAAUUGGACUUGACUGAUGUCUCCCUGAUUCAGCACAUCCUUCCAUGUCACCAGUGCCAGAAGGAGAAGUCUCUGAAAAUACAGCAGCUCUGCUCAUUGCUGAAAGAGCUGUUUCAGAGUGCCAGGUUAGACAAACCAGGCCAAGUAGAUCCAAAAGCCCCUGAUUUGACUCUAAGGCUGCUAACUGCCAUGUAUGACAGAUACCAUGAUGCUCAAAAGCUUAUUUAUGCCUAUACCAACCAUACAGUUGGUUCAAUAAGAGAUAACACCGAUAAGAAUUCUUGCCUUGUGGAUUUUGAGAUUCCAGCCAUCGUGGGGGAAAGCUGUGCUUCAUCCUGUGUGGAAAUAGCUAUUCGCAGCUGUUUCCAUGGGGUUCUGAACUCAGCAGUUGCUGAAGAGAAAUUCCUAUCUUGGCUAAGAACUGAACCCGCCCUUCUCCUGUGGCUUCCUACUUGUCAUAAAUUAUCAGCCACUAAAAUGGUCACUCACAAUGUUAGAUGUAGAGUCUGCAAGAAUUUUCCCAUCACUGGAUUAAGAUAUCGCUGCGUGAAGUGCCUAAAUUUUGACCUUUGCCAAGCCUGCUUCUUCACUGGGCGUCUCAGCAAACCCCACAAAAAAUCACACCCUGUAACUGAGCACUGUGUGCAGAUGUCAGCAAAGGAGAACGCAAAGCUCUUUCUCCGCACUGUCAGAAACAAUCUGUUUCAAGAGCGCUGCAGAAGAAAGGAGGCCCAGAGAAGGAAAGCCUUGGAAAUGCUGCAGGGAGGGGAUCUCCUAGCACCUGAGCCAGUCCUUCCAUCUACAGAACCAAGUACUUCACCACCACCUGCCUAUUGUAAUCCAGCCUCUUCUGUGCAUGGACCUGGCCCAGGUUCACCUAAGCAAAUGUCUCAAAGGGGAUCUGUGGUACAGCAGACAGAGAAUGACAAUAGGGCAACAGAGCAAUACAAGAUGCAAGCACAGGCAAUAGCUUCUAUUGAGGCAGAACUACUAAAAACUCAUGAAUCCAUCAAAGAUCUUCACAAUGAAAAAAGGUACCUGAAGAAGCAGUUAAACAAAUGGAAAGACAAAGUUCAGCUCCUCCACAACUCCCAGGAAGACACAAACAGCAAACUAGAAGCAAAAUUCCAAGUAUUGAUGGCAAACCAUGAAAGCCUAAGGGCAGAGCUCCAGCAAAUGAGGCAGGAAAUAAAGCUCAGCAAUCUGUUUUAAAGGAGGUGUUACUGUCCGCAGCUGAACAUGUUUGCAGGUCUUUCUCUGAUCUAAUCAAUCAAGCAACUUUGCCAGCUUGGAAGUGAUGGGAGGCCAGCAUUCACUUUACAGCUUCAUUUCACUGUUUCCCAGGCCAUUCUUGCUCUGUAAAGGAUCCAUGGUGCUUAUUUCUUUGGAAUUCUGCUGUAUGUUUCUGGUUAAUGACUAUAGUGAGGAACACAUGCUGCUAAGAAAAUACUGUACUGCAAGAACUAAGGAAUGGGAAUGUAGAUCCAUCAUCCUGCGGUCAUUGUUCUGCAAAAGAUACAGAGAACAAAUAAGUACCAAUGUGGACAUGGAUUUGCAUAAAUGAUGAAAGCCAUCAUGAUUCAGAAAUAAUUUUACCUCUGCUAGAUUGUUUAGGUCAGUACAUAGUACAAUGCUAGGUAACUGGCUCCAAACAAACCAGCUCAAAUACAGAAAGUGAUGUAGCUGUAUUACCAUGGCCCUCCACCUGGUCUAAUAUACUCCGAGAAGUUGGGUAUAUUAGAGCAGUGCUUUUCUCAGGUUAACACAGAUCUAUACUGCUGCAAUGCCUGAGCUACUUUGAUCAGAGACAGUUCAGGUCCCUCUACAAGGCACUGCAUUGUAUUAUGUAGACAUACCCUUACAGAUGAAGCUAAUAGAACUAUGUCAUCGUACAUCAGCUGAGUAUCUGGCAAGCAGAAACAAAACUUCUGUGUAAAAAAAAAAAAAAAUGAAACUGUGGACCUAGAAACAGGUUUUGACUUGAGUGUAACCAAAGUCCCAUUAGAAGCUUUGGAGGAAAACAAAAGUACAGCAAGUCAUAUGCUGAUAUGCAGCUACACAAUGAUAAUGCAGAUUUUUUAAACUGAUGAUGAUGGUAACAAACAUCUUUACCACUUCAUCCUACCUUUUAUUGCAGAAGUCCUAUAUCACGUUUAAUGUAAUCUUUCAAGAAUAAAUAUGAGAAAUGAAGGGGAGGGACUGGAAACUAACAAGCAGUUUGUCUACAGCAGCAGUUCUCAACCUUUUUGGAUUUAAGGUGCCUCUCAUUGGACUCAAGACACCUUACAUAACUUUUGUGAAUUGAGUGGCAACUAAUUAAAAAAAAAUACAGUGCUUUUCUCCUUGCAGAGGGGCUGGAGGAUUGGCCAAGUAGGAACAAGCCUGAGCCUGUGCUUAAUGCUUGUCUGCUUAUCCCUUCACACUUCAUUUCUCUCAUACUUUGUGGCACCCUUUAAAGGAUCUGGCAACCCUGCAGGAUGGCCCAACACCCUAGGUGAGGAUCACUGGUAUACAGCAAAUGAAUGAUGAAAUAGUAUAGUUAGUAGUUUGCUAAUUAUACAGUAUAAGAAAACUUGAAAGCAAUGGUAAAAUAAGGACCACUGGAAAGCAGAUGGAGCUGUAAAUGUAUGGAAAGAGAAAGGGUGAAAUAUGGAUGGGAAUUUAUUGACCUUUGCAGCAAGGCGAAUGUCCUUCUUGGCCUAAGAAACUAUAUUUAAUGGCACCAGAUUGAAACACAAGGAAGUACAUCUUUAGUAAUGUAGAUAGGUAUCCUGAGAUCUUUACUCUGUUUUUAGUCAAGCUUUGUUUAGGCCAGUACAAAGUGAAACACAUUCAGGAUUUGUAACAAGGAAAGCCUGAGAAAAAGCUGAGUUUGCACUGCUUGGGGUUUGUAUUGCUGGAGUUGUGUGGGGAGGAGUCUCCAUGCAGCCUGCUGGUAUUUUACAUCAUGAGGUAAUGAUAAUGAUCCUCUGGGAGGACAGACCAAAAUGAUGAUUUCCACCCCCGCCCACCAUGGACCGCUCUGUAGCAAGACACAGUCCAAAACAGCCUACACUUGAUGCCCUGUGAGGCAUGCCAGAAAUAUCAAUUAUUUGACAAAGACUGGGGGAGAAGGGGCCACAUUUAUAGACAUGUUCUGGGGAAGGAUGUCUGGGAGGUCUAGAGGGAUGGAUUUUGUGCAGUGGUUUAGUCCGGCCAAACAUAUUCAUUCCUUGCUUGUUGAUGUUUUCUGCUGCUGGAUAGUAAUAAACUUGUGAUUUUAAGUCUA